CCGUGUAGUGCGGGAUCCUCACACACUCAAGUCUAAGGGUUACGGCUUUGUCUCCUUCGUUAAAAAGGCGGACGCUGAGACGGCCAUCACCAAUAUGAACGGACAGUGGAUUGGAUCGCGCAACAUUAGGACCAACUGGGCCACACGCAAACCACCCGCGCCCAAGAACAAUGACGCCAAUCAGAAGCCGCUGACAUUCGACGACGUGUACAACCAGUCGUCACCCACCAACUGCACCGUGUACUGCGGGGGUAUCACCAACGGUCUGUCAGAGGAGCUCAUGCAGAAAACCUUCGCGCCUUAUGGACAGAUACACGAGAUCCGGGUCUUCAAGGACAAAGGCUACGCCUUCGUCAGGUUCUCGACCAAGGAGUCAGCUACCCACGCCAUCGUCUCCGUGCACAACUCUGAGAUUAAUGGCCAGCCCGUCAAGUGCUCCUGGGGCAAGGAAUCUGGUGACCCAAACAACACCCCAGUCACCACGCAGGUCAUGGUCAGGUCAGAUCAGACGCUGACCGAUGUGUCCGAAUGCUUGUCUUUGCAGCCGCUGCCGGGGUCGCAGUACCCGUACAACUACGCGGGCCAGAUGGGCUACUGGUACCCUCAGGGCUACCCGCCCCAGGUGCAGGGCCAACAGUUCCUGGGCAUGCAAGGUUUCGCCUACGGACAGUAUGGCUACCAGCAGGGGAUGGCAGGCAUGGCUGGGGUACCCACCUGGCAAGGUGUUCCACAGCCUCAGCUGCCCACUGGACAGAUGCCGCAGCUUCAGCAGCCAGCGUCUAUGGUGGGCGCUUAUCCAGUGCAGCAGUUUCAGCUGUCGAGCCCCUACCUCCUGGGCAGCACUCCUGGCACCUUGGUGCAGUAAUGGAUGGGGCAGGGACGCUGCUGUUGGUCCUCCCGUGUCCUCUCAUCCUCCUCCACCUCCUCUGGCGGACGGAAGCUUCACAAGAUGUCACACUGAACUCCUCCUGACUAUGUGAUAAUAUCGCCGACAACGCAGUGUUUAGUGGAUAUCGUGAUUGUUAAAUGCUGCCGCUCUCAAUCUCCCGUGUAGUUGGUCGGCAGUAACAAGACUAUCUGGGCGAGCGUUGGGGUGAUGGGGCCUCGUGUGGCGCUGACCUCGCAUGACCCAAGACUUACUAUCCGUUCAGUUGACCUAUUCAGCGGGUAAACCUGCCUUUCCCUUCCUUUCCUUCUCUCCCACCCCUGUCCUCAUACCUCUCCUUCCUUUCCCCCUUUUCUUCGAUCCCUAAGCCCAGUGCUCCUCACUGAGUCGAGCCUCUGCCAGUCCACUUAUGUGGAUAUGCCAGUAAGUUUGGCGAUGUGGAGUCUUUUGCAUUGUAUUUCAGUAAGUCCCAUUUUCUGUUGGGGAAAAUAAUAUCUAUGAUAAUGGUCCCUACUGAAGUUCCAUUCAAUUGGGCACAUGCUGGUCCAGGCAUGCACACCAUGAGCACCUGUACGGUCAUAGGUGUAGCUACCUGGAAUAAAAGAAAGGCCUUGACAGGUAGCGAUAUAGUUGUAGCUGUCAAGACCGUUAACCGCACAAAGGGUCCACCACGGGUAACAUGGGUGCAAUUAAUAGAAACGCGGGCGUGCUAAUUACAGUGAUCCUUCCAGUACGAUGGACGCGGGCAUAAAUCGCGGGCACGGACUUGGGGCAUAACAGAUUCGCCCGUCCCGGUCAGCUCACGUCGAGGCCCCGUUGCUGACUGUGUGGUCGCUGCAAUGUUGCUGGUUUAAUAAUUUAACAACUCAAUCAGUAGCUGUAUCACUACGUCUAGAGCAGAACCCCCCCAUCCUUCAAGUUUCCAGUCCAAGCCUCCCUCACUCUGCUGUGGAACCUUCUCAAAAUGUCAGUAUCUUCAAGACAACUUUCUUCAAGUAUCAGUAUCUCUACAACAGGAACUCCUUCUAGCAUCUUCGUACAGUAUCAAUGUCCUAAUGCAGAGACUUCAUCUCCAAGAAUCAAUAUUUCCUGUAAAGAGUCUGUUGUUCCCAGUUAUAAGUAUCUACAACAAAAGAGGCACUCUUAUAAAGAAAAAUACCUCCCAAGACAGGAACUCCUUGAAUCUUAACAUCUCCAAAGACGAAACAUCCCACAGUUCCAAUUAAAAAAAGAAGACUUCAAGGUCCCUAUCCUCCCCUUAUACAAAACUCUCUCCAAUCCCCAAGGCAACCUUUCACAAGACCCAAGACAGGUCCUCAAAGUCCCAGUACAGUAUAUCCAAGACCAAACCCACUCCAAUCCGUAAGAGAGAACAUCCUCCGGGCCCUAGUAUCUCCAAGACAGAACACCUGAGCACCAAUACCUCCAAGAAAGAACCCUAGCCCAAACAAAACCUAUAAACCCCAAGAUUUCCAAGACAAACCUCCUUUAAACCCCCUCAUUAUCUUCAAAACAGAACCUUCUCCAGGCCCCAAUAACUUCAAGACAGGACCUCUUCCAAGCCUCCAAGACAGAACCUUCAGAUCUCCAAGGUUUAGUAGUGAGAUUCUUCAGUAGGGUAACAGUGUGCCACAUAUCAGAUAUUACAGAAAAGAAAAUGACUCGGAAAAAACAGCAACAUUUGCUUCACUGACCACCAGGGUGUACAUAAGAAAUAUAUAGUGCAAUAUUACUAAGAUAUAACAAUGCCCUCUUAAGUAAUUUCAUGAGCACGGACAGUGGUUUAAAAGCGUUGUUAUAUUUGUGUGCGAGGUUCUAUAUUUUCUUAUGGUAUUGUAUAAUGGGUUUUGAAAAAUGGCAAAUAUUUUAUUUAGGAGGGCUUGGUAUGUUGAUGCUCGCAAUGUACAAAGUCUCAUUCUGGGAAUCUGGUGACUAUGUUCAAUGGGACACUCUCUAUGUGUGUAUAGGUGGUGGGUGUGUGAUGUGAUCUGUAGAAUGGUCCUCCUCCCCCCCUCCCUCCCCCCCCAGAAACCCAUGUAGGUAGUUGUAGGCCAAUUUCUUUGGUUAUUUUUUGUGACUGUUGAGUGAUUCUACUAUGUUCUGCCAUCCCGUAGUUUAAGUGUGUGCUGUCAGUGUGGAGCCUCACCCUAGAUAUCUGUGUAGGUGUUGCCAAGCUUGUAGUGCGCGCUAGUCAUUCAGUGGGCUUGUAGUGGCCCCGCUGCUGCUAAAGCCGCUGCAGCAUGAGCCACGGGACAGUAUCGUAGCCUCCUGUAGCCAAAAUGCUUAGUGUAAGGCAGUCUUGUAUACCGACGGUAGUGUAUUGUAGCAGAGCGGGGUCGGACUGGUCGGCGGCGUCGGCGGUUGUGCUCUGCCUCGGCGUCAUUAAUAACGAUUCUUUGGCAGGCCAGACACCAGUGUCACGUGCAGGGCGCCGUGGCCAGCCCUGCCCCCUGCUGUAGCCUACAACUGCUGCCAAGGACUCAGUACCGCCGCUUGCGGGCAGGGGCUGCCCUCGGCCGCCCUCAGCAGGGCGCCCCGCCCGCCCGCGACAAACCACUCUGAACUGCGGUCAGCUUUCACUAGGUUAAUAAGAAGAAUGUAAUAUAUAUUCAUAAUAUAAUGAUACAUAUAUACUGCAUAGGAAAUAUGCACUAUCUAUCGUACGUAGGUUGUCCCAGGUGCCGCGUAGGUAGCCGUGUAGCGAGGGCGGGGGCGGCGACCCCCUCUCACCCGCACCACUGGUGAGGGCAGCCCUCGGGCCCCCCAACACCUGCCACGGGGGGCCAGGGAGGCCGCCGCCGGAGGUGUGGGGUCACAUACCCUCAGGGGCUGCCUCCCCUCCCUCCUCGCACCAAUACGGGUCUAACAGCGAAGGCGGCGGGCUGCGACAGACUCGUUGGGUCGCACCCGGCCCACACCCGCCAGGCAGCCUCUGGAGCCACGCUAGAGAGACCCAUACACUCAUCUCCCACCAACUGCUCCGGACGCCACUCAAACCUGAUCUAGGCCUCAGUAUUAACACAAGUAUUACAACCGUAAAGUAUUGUCAAGUUAUCGAGGGCACAAACAAGUGGCAUUUGUGCCGAGGCUAGGGUGUGGUCCGGCCCGGCCAGUGCGGUCCCCGUGGGUUGUCUGGACACGAGCGUUUCUAGCCAUCACAGGGUGACGGUAGACAACACCUCGAGUCCGGACAAAUCCUGCAGCUGAGAGAGCAAGAGGGCCGCAGGUCACUGUUUGUCGUCGUUGUUGUUGUGGUAAGUGGGCAAGAAGCCCCACUGGCAAGUUGUGGUACCGCCUGCCAUCCAGAAGGCAGGACAGUCUUGAUGACUUUAUAUGUAACUGUAGUAAUAAUAUUGGUGGUGUUUAUUAACAGAAGGCAGAAAUCUAGUCAAUAUUAUUUUGUUUUACAGAGUUGAUAAUGAGAGUAUUUUUACAUGUGAAAACACUGUCUAUUUAUUAUUUUUUAGUAUACACUUAAUUUGUGGCUGGUGAGUAAUGUGGCAAGUGGCCGGCCGUCACACUCCCGACAGCGUUCCCUCACCCUUCGUCUCCUCAGAGAGCCUAACAUGUCGGUACUCUGUCAACAACGACAAACACUAACAGUGGUAAAUGAACCCUUUAGGUAACCUUCACAUUCAGCUAAAAUAUAUCCUUGAGUCCCACCCAUUUUUGCUUAGUCUGCCCUUACUGGAUCCAGCUACCAGCCUUCAAUGCUGCCCAGACUUGUAAAUGAACGUAACCCAAUCACGGCCCAAGAUUUUCCCCUCCCACUGCCUCAAUUUAAAGUAUAACAAUGGCAGUCUUCAAUAGCCUGAACCAUUUUUACAUGUUCAUACAGUGGGUUUGUAAGGGUUUUUUGUCCCCAGGAGUGGGGGCCCUGAGGAGUGUGGCAGUGUGGGCCCUUGUCUCACCAGGUAGGUAAAGGUAGACUCCGGGCGAGGCCGACCGUCACACGCCACCCCAGGAGCACGCAACCAUUCGUUCCACGUUCCGUUCCUUGAUUUUCCCCACGGGUGAAAGUUCUAUUUUUAGCACAGAGAUGCUCAGAAAGCAAAGGAUGAUUAUGAUAACCUUAUUAAAUGUUUUAAUUUUCUGGGAUAAAAUCCUCUACAUACAGUUAUCAGAUUAGAGUUUUUAUACUAAUGAAAGGUAAUAAUAAACGAAGAUUGCCAUUGGGUAAUUGUGUUUUGAUACCCAUAUGCUGUUUUACAUCCAAAACUCCAAUAAACACAUGCGUUUACAUGUAAUUAUUAUGAAAAAUUGAAAUUAGAUUGUAUGGAUUUCAUUGUGACGUGUACAGCCAGCACAGUAGAGUCCCCCCGAGUGUCACCCAGUACUCCUCCCUACACAGGUCUCAGGUGGUUUGUCCGUGUGACACAACACGCCACUUUAUUAUCUAUGGAAAUUCUUAGACAAAACCGCUAGUCAUAAUGAAAUCCAAGCGCCAAAGUAUGAUUGUAUAGUUCUUUUUUACAUGUGCGGUCUGUACUGUAUUAUGCCAUUUAUACAUGAAAGACACAGUUGUUGUAGAUAUAAUAUACCGGGAUGUAGUAAAUGCUAGAGUGGAAUAAGAAAUGGAACAAUUUAAACAAUAAAACAAUGGAUAAAUAA